AUCAUUAUUUAUGCAUGAAAGGGUUCAUUUGAAUUGUGUCUGUUUUCCAGAAGACUGCGGUUCAAGUACCGGUACCUGUUCCUGCUGUGCGUCAUUCUAUUGUUUUAUUCCAUUUGGAAGAACAAGUCGCUUCUCCGUCAGCACUCCUGGUGGUUGACGGACGAGACCCAUUAUGCCAAAGCCCCUCAUAACCAGGUCCAUCCUAAGCACCAAGUCAAACUGGAUGAGAACAAUCCCAGCAACAUGGGGAACGCUGGGGGCACGCAGUACCACCUGGCGUACCCGCGGAACUAUCACUUCCUCAUGGAUGUUGGCGACGUGUGCGAGAGUCGUGCGCCUUUCCUGGUGCUGAUGGUUCCGGUGGAGCCUAAAAACGUAGCGGCCCGGGACGCCAUCCGCAGCACGUGGGGCAAGGAGAAAGUAGUCCAGGGCAAGAAGGUCUUGACUCUUUUCGUGCUGGGCCUGGCCGAGGGGCCCAAUCUGCAGCGAGAGAGCGAGCUGCACGGCGACUUGAUCCAGAGUGACUUCAGGGACACUUACCGCAACCUAACCAUCAAGACCAUGGUCAUCAUGGAUUGGCUGGCCACGCGCUGCCCGACGGCCGACUACGCCAUGAAGAUCGACUCGGACAUGUUUCUCAACAUCGACAACCUGGUGCUGAUGCUGCAGAAGCCGGACAUUCCCCAAACUGACUACCUGACCGGGCACCUCAUGCGGAACUCACCGGUCAUUCGCAGUAAGAGCUCCAAGUGGUACGUCUCAGAGGAGACGUUCCCUGAUCGGGUAUACCCUCUUUACACUUCGGGCACCGGGUACGUGUUCUCCAAUGAUCUGCCCCGCAAGUUGGUGGAGAUCUCUAAAAGGAUCAAGCCCUUCGACAUGGAGGACGCUUAUGUGGGAAUGUGCAUGAAGGAACUCGGACUGGCGAUCCCGUCGCCGCCUGAUCCCUCCCAAUUCCGAGCCUACUACAAUAAGUUCGAGCGCUGCAUGUACUCCAAGAUCAUCACCUCCGUUGUCAAGUCCCCAACACAGCUGAUCGAUUUCUGGGGGCAGCUCAAGAUGGCGCCUGGACCGCCUUGUUAAGACACUUGUUGCUGUGCUUGGAUUCACUCACUAUUCAACUAUCCGCUUUGUCAAGGGUGUCAAAUCCCUCCAAAUUACUGAUUCAUUGUAAACAUUUACUUAUUGUUGUGACUAUUCAAAUAUUUAAAAAUGCUGUCGAUUGCAAAUUUCCCCCGUGUGGGACAAAUAAAGGUUAUCUUAUCGUGUCUUAUUUCACUCACGACGUUGAUUUUCACGAUGACUGUAAGAUGUCUCUUAUUCAAUGAAGUUGGCUGCCAGAAAA